AUGGCAGCAGUGAAGACCAUGAAUCAUCCCAUUCAGAUUCAGGAUUUGGGUCUUAUGUUAAUAUCCUUGAUCUAUUUGGAAUUAAGUUGUGUGCAGGAUGACAGAGGCAACAAAGCUUAUAUUAAAGAAAUAGAGUGUAGGAUAGUGGUUACUGGAUCAUGGUUCCUGGAUCAUAAAAAGGUGGGAGCUCUCAACGCUACCCAUACUCAGCUCAGGUUUUUUCUGCUAACUGGUGUGCCAGGAUUAGAAGACGUCCAGGUUUGGAUCUCUAUCCCUUUCGGCUUCAUGUACCUCUUGGCUGUCUUGGGCAACGGGCUGGUCACGGUAGUGGUGGCCUGCGACCAGAGCCUCCAUGAACCCAUGUAUCUCUUCCUGGCCAUGUUGGCACUCAACGAUGUCUCCCUGUGUACUGUCACCGUGCCCCAAAUGCUGCUCAUCUUCUGGCAGGGCCCGGCCACAUCCACAUUCCCUGCCUGCCUUACACAGAUGUUUUUUGUCCAUGCUCUAUUCCUCUCCGAAUCUGCUGUUUUACUGGCCAUGGCUUUUGAUCGGUACGUGGCCAUCUGUACACCACUGCACUAUGCAACCCUACUUACAGGCCCAUUCAUUGGCAAGGUUGGGCUGGCUUUGGUGGCUCGGAGUGUGGCUGUUGUCACCCCGGGCGUACUCCUCAUUCUCCGGCUGGACUUCUGCUGGAGCAACAUCAUCCACCACACAUACUGUGAGAACAUGGGCAUUGCCAAGCUGGCCUGCAAUAGCAUUACCCUUAAUAGUAUUUAUGGCCUUACUGCGGCUCUCCUCACCACAGGCCUGGACUUUGUCCUCAUCUCCCUGUCCUACUGGCUAAUCCUGAAAACAGUCUUCCAACUGCCAUCCAGGGAGGCCAGAACAAAGGCCUUUGGUACUUGUGGGGCUCACAUAUGCAUCAUCUUGGUAUUCUAUACACUUGCCUUCUUUUCCUUCUUUACCCACCGCUUUGGUCGCCAUGUGCCCAGGCAUACCCUUAUCCUGCUGGCAAAUCUCUAUUUAUUGGUGCCACCAACCAUGAAUCCCAUUGUUUAUGGAAUUAAGACCAAAGAGAUAAGGAUGCGAGUCCUAGGACUCUAUUGCAGAACAAAAUGA